AUGCACUUUGCUAAGAAGCACAACAAGAAAGGCCUGAAGAAGAUGCUGGCCAACAAUGCAAAGGCAGUGAGUGCACAUGCAGAGGCCAUCAAGGCCCUUGUGAAGCCCCAGGCCAUCAAGCCCAAGAUUCCAAAGGGCUCCAGCUGCAAACUCAGCCACCUGGGGUUCAUCAGUCACCCCACGCUUGGGAAGCAGAUUCAAAGCUACAUGGCCAAGGGGCAUAGGCCCUGCCAACCAAAACCCAAGGUUCAAACCAAGGAAGAGGCCAAAGUUCCAGCUAAGGCCCAGGCUUCAAUUCCAGAUCAGGUUCCUAAAGGUGCCCAGGCCCCUGUGAAGGCCCCAUAG